CUUUCAACCGCUCACUCCGAGUCCGCGGAAAUAAUAACGAGGCAUGUCUCAAAGGUAGGCAGAUGAAAAGCAAGGGGUUGGACAGAAGAAGGCGCUGUUUGCAAUCAACUUGGAAAGUCACUAAAUCCCAUAGCCACCCUUAUCUGAAACCACCCUUUGUUAUACAGCUUUUUUUUAAUUCAUCCAGUCUAGGCAACAGCAUCAGUUGCUCUGCAAUUGCAACAGUCAUCCGAGAAAAAGGCAAUUGCGUGCUCUGUUGGGUUUUACCUAUCAACAAACGCCCGUACCAAACUUCCCCAAAAUCCUCAGCCUGGCGUUCCUCCACCAACUUCUUGCGCAAGCCACAAAAAGAUAUGUCACAAAGCUUGGAGCAAGGCAGCAAUGUAAAUCAUCCCCCACAACUCGUAUCGCUGCUCUCUUGUCAUUCCCCAAAACGCACAGUUUUUCUGCACGUUUACGCGCUUGUUCGUUUGCCUUGUGUUUGCCUUGUUCGUAUUCUAUCCCCUUUGUGCCGCCCUCGCUUCCCGUCCAUUACAUUUUGUUUUGCCUUCUUUUUUCUGUUUCGGCCAGGCUCGAACGUCGAGCUUUUGACAUAA